AUGCAAGGCGGGGUCAGGCGUAAGAAUGAUCUUCUACCCAGAUACAGAGGCCAGGCGCACUCGAAAAAGCAGUCGUUUUUGACCACGCCCAUGAAGAAAGUUGCCGUAUACGUCAUGCUGCUCAUCAUGAUGUACUUGGCCAUCAAGACAGUGUUCGUGGACCCACAAAACGCGGAAACCAAGCUGGAGAUCGAGAGUGCAGUAGGCCGCGCGGGCGCCGGCGGAGAUGCGCUCGAGGCUCAGAUGGAUGCGGCAGACCUGCAGACCAACCCAAAGGUUUCCAAGGAGCGCUUCAACAACGAGGUAGUCAUGCAGCAAGAGACCAAGAACCUGGAAAACGAGAAGGACUUCCAGAAGCAGAAGGUACCCACCAAGAAUACUAAGCAGGAGGUUGGCAACGACGUCAAGGCGGUCAAGCCGCAGUUUGAAAACAAAGAGCAGCCGCCAGUAGAUGAACAGGCCCGUCGGAUCAACGAAAAGGCGCCGUACAAGAAAACCGACAAGAAGUCGGACAAGGCUGUUGCUGAAGGGGGGGCUGCCGCAGCUGCGGCCAACGCAUUAUGA